CCGUCAGCUUGGGCGAUGAAGCUUCUCGUACGCGGCUGGUGGAGACCCAGGCUGGGCCGCGGUGCGGCGAGCGGGAAGGCGAGCUCUCCGCGGCGGGUGGUGGCGAGCGGGCUCGGCGGCUGUCCUGGCUGGGAGGACGGCAAGGACGCCCGAGGCCGCGACAAGCCGCCCUGGCGCGUGCUCUUCUUCGGCACAGACCACUUCGCCCGCGAGGCGCUGCGUGCGCUCCACGCCGCCAGGGAAAGCAAAGAGGGAAGGUUGAUAGAAAAACUGGAGGUGGUCACGAUGCCCUCACCAUCGCCCAGAGGACUUCCGGUGAAGCAGUACGCCGUGCAGUCCCAGCUUCCGGUGUAUGAGUGGCCGGACGUGGGCUCCGGAGAGUAUGACGUAGGAGUGGUGGCUUCCUUUGGCCGGCUUUUGAGUGAGGCUCUUAUUCUUAAAUUCCCCUACGGCGUGCUGAACGUGCAUCCCAGCCUCCUCCCGAGGUGGCGGGGCCCGGCCCCCAUCAUCCACACGGUGCUCCACGGAGAUCCUGUGACUGGAGUGACAAUCAUGCAGAUCAGACCUAAACGGUUUGAUGUAGGCCCAAUUCUCAAGCAGGAAGCCAUCUCUGUGCCACCCAACAGCACUGCCAAGGACUUGGAAGCAGUGUUGUCAAGACUGGGUGCUGGCAUGCUUAUUUCAGUUUUGAAAAAUCUGCCUGAAAGUCUGAGCAAUGGGAGGCAGCAGCCAGCCGAGGGGGUGACGUACGCACCUAAGAUUUCUGCUGAUACCAGCUGUAUAAAAUGGGAAGAACAAACCUCAGAGCAAAUAUUCAGACUGUACCGCGCCAUUGGAAACAUGAGUCCGCUGCAGACGCUCUGGAUGGGCAGUACCAUUAAACUCCUGGAUUUCGUAGAAGUGGACCGCUCAGUCCUUGCUGAUCCAAAAUUCUCAGGACAGGCUGCUGUUCCAGGAUCUGUCACAUACCACAAACAGUCCCAGAUGCUGCUGGUCUGUUGCAAGGAUGGCUGGGUUGGCAUCCGAUCAGUAAUGCUUAAGAAAACACUAACAGCUACUGACUUCUACAACGGAUAUUUGCACCCGUGGUACCAGAGAAAUUCCCAGGUUCAACCAAGCCAUUGCAGAUUUCAGACUCUCAGGCUUCCUACAAAGAAGAAGCAGAAAAAAAUUGUUGCUAUGCAACAGUGCAUUACGUAGUCAGGAAGACGGUGGAUAAGAACCUAUUACAUAUUUGUAACUUAUUAAAAGCCUUAUUUACAAGGAACUGCCUUGACUUUCAAAGAAGAUGAUGCUGUCCGAGGAAGUAGAGAUUUUUAUUGAAAACAUGGAUAACCCCACUUUCCAUUUUUUUAUUUAAUAGUCAUUAAAAGUGGCUUUUUCUACUUAAGUAACAAAAGAAGUUUAAAUAAAUUUGUAGUUGUAAUGUCACACUCAAGAA